AUGCAUAUCUGGAUCCUAAAAAUAAUCCUUCUGAUUGCAUCAUCUCUGAGCCUGGUCGAGAUGUAUGACAAUUAUGGGGAGAUCUGUCGAAACCUGUGCACAUGUGAGGAGAAGGAAGGGAUCCUGACGGUGAGCUGCGAAAACCGGGGAAUCAUCAGGCUGACGGAGGUCAGCCCGGUCCAUUUCUCCAUGUACCACCUCCUGCUGACGGGGAAUCUCCUGAAGAAGCUGUCAGUCAAUGAUUUCAUCAAUUACACCGGUGUGACCAUCCUGCACUUGGGGAACAAUGAUAUCUCUGAGAUAGAGUCGGGUGCUUUCAACGGACUCCAGGGAUUAAAAAGGUUGCACCUGAAUAACAACAAGAUUGAUGUUUUGAGGGAUGACACCUUUGCAGGACUUGAGAGUUUGGAAUAUCUACAGAUUGAUUAUAAUUACAUCACCAAUAUAGAGCCCAACGCCUUGAGCAAACUACACCAACUGACAGUGAUGAUUUUGAACGACAACCUGCUCUCUGCUCUGCCCCCAAAUAUCUUCCGGAAUGUUCCCCUUACGCACUUGGACCUGAGGGGGAACCGGUUAAAAAUGUUUCCUUACAUUGGCCUCCUGGAGCACAUGGACAAAGUUGUGGAAUUACAACUAGAGGAGAAUCCGUGGAAUUGCUCCUGUGAGCUCAUUGCUCUGAAGGCUUGGCUGGAGAGUAUAGCCUAUACGGCUCUGGUGGGAGAAGUGGUGUGCGAGACACCGUUCAGGCUCCACGGUAGGGACCUGGACGAGGUGUCCAAGCAGGAACUAUGUCCAAGAAGACCCCUAGAAGACACGGUCAGGCCAGCACCCCCUAGCAGCACAAGUGGAUAUUACCAGACCACACCUGCUGCUGUCACAGCCUCCGCCACAUCCUCAGCUGUUUUUAGGUCCUCUUCUAGGCCUACCAAGGGCACACGCCAAUUUAACAGAACUAGGUUAAAGCCCACUUCCCGAAUACCAGGUGGUAACCCUUACAACUAUGGCCCAAUCAUUGCUUUUCAGACAAAAUCUCCUGUGCCUUUGGACUGUCCCACUGCCUGCACGUGUAACCUGCAGAUAUCUGAAAUCGGGCUAAAUGUCAACUGUCAAGAGAGAAAGAUUGAAAGCAUUUCUGAUCUAAAACCCAAGCCAUACAAUCCUAAAAAGAUGUAUCUCACUGGAAAUUACAUCCCUGUGGUACGGAGAUCAGAUUUUGUCGAUGCAACUGGAUUGGAUUUGCUUCACUUGGGAAACAACAGGAUAAGUCUGAUCCACGACCGGGCUUUUGGGGAUUUAACCAACCUGCGUAGGCUGUAUUUAAAUGGUAAUCUCAUGGACAGGCUUACAGGAGAAAUGUUUUUUGGUUUGCAGAACUUGCAGUAUCUUUAUUUAGAAUACAACAAAAUCAAGGAGGUUGAUGCGGGCACUUUCCGCUACCUCCCUAAUCUCCAGCUGCUUUUCCUCAACAAUAACCUCCUGAAAACCUUACCUGUGGGCAUCUUUUCCAGCCUCUCCCUGUCUAGGCUUAAUCUGCGCAACAACCAUUUCCAAAACCUGCCUGUGAGUGGUGUUUUAGACCAGCUGAAACUGCUGGUACAGAUAGAUCUGUUUGAAAACCCCUGGGACUGCUCUUGCGACAUAGUGGGGAUGAAGAUAUGGCUCGAGCAGCUCAGUGCAGGCACCGUGGUUAACGAGGUGGUGUGUGAGACACCCAAACGCCACACAGGAAUGGACGUGCGUUCGAUCCAGUCAGAGCAGCUCUGCCCAGAUUACUCUGAUGCGUAUGUCUCACCAACUCCCCCUACGGAAGAGCCCAUAGACGACCGGGUCGUCACCACAGACGCCCCGCAGAAGUUUAACACCCCCAGCAGCACUGUCCCCCUCUCUGUCCUCAUCCUCAGCCUCCUGCUGGUUUUCAUCAUGUCUGUCUUUGUGGCCGCAGGGCUGUUUGUUGUAGUGAUGAAAAAGCGCAAAAAAUCACAGAGUGAUCGCACUAGCACCAACAACUCAGACGUCAGCUCUUUUAACCUGCAGUACAGCCUCUACAGCAACCGCUCUGGCCCCAAAGUGAAGGCCCCGGCCGGUCACGUAUAUGAGUAUAUCCCCCACCCCAUGGGCCAUAUGUGCAAAAACCCCAUUUACAGGUCCCGAGAAGGAAACACAGUGGAGGAUUACCGUGACCUCCAUGAGCUCAAGGUCACGUACAGGAGUGCCCCAGAUGAGGAGAGGGAUAGCAGUACAAUGAGGAGCCCUACUUACAGUGUGAGCACCAUCGAGCCACGUGAAAACCCCUCCCCCGUCCAGGAUGCAGACCAUUUCUUCAGGGGCAUCCUUGAGCCCGAUAAGCAGUCCCCCCAUCCGUCCAUGGCAUCCAUCCCAGCAGGUGCCAAUUUAGAGUACAAGUACACAGGGCCUGUGUCGUACACGUACAACCCAAAUUUUGAUGUCAGACGUCAGUUCUUGCACCCGGAGAGGAUAAGAGAAACGGUGCUCUAUGGCACAGCACCCAGUACUGUUUAUGUUGAGCCCAACAGGAAUGAGUAUUUGGAGCUAAAAGCUAAACUGCAGUCUGAGCCCGAUUACCUCGAAGUUCUUGAGAAACAGACCACCUUUAGCCAGUUCUGA